AUGGAAGCAUUUCAGGAGAUACUCAAGCGGUCGAAGAACAUCGUCGCGAUUGCUGGCGCCGGACUGUCAGCAGGAUCAGGUAUACCUACCUUUCGAGGUGCCGGUGGGCUCUGGCGGAAGUAUGACGCAAUCAGCCUAGCCACGCCUGAAGCAUUUCGCAGCGAUCCAAGCCUUGUCUGGCAGUUUUAUCACUAUCGACGGACUAUUGCAGGACAGAAAUCGCCAAAUGCCGCACACUACGCUUUGGCGUCGCUCUCCAUCCCCAGUGUUCUCAAGCGCGUAGCACCAAACGCCGAGAGCUUCACCCUCGUCACCCAGAACAUCGACGGCCUCAGUACUCGAGCCUUUCGCGAAGUUGCUCAGCGUCACUCGCUCUCCGAACGAGACAUCGACAAUCUAACACGUGACACCAUCAUCGAGAUGCACGGCCGCCUGUUUGAUGUGCUCUGCACGGACAGCUCAUGCGGCCAUCGCGAGCACAAUACAACCAAUCCCAUAUGCCCGGCACUUGCAGGAACUGAGGAGAUCACGGAGCGCCACCAUGAGAUAGACGAGUGGCCCGCCAUAGCGCCCUUGGACUUGCCACGGUGCCCCAAGUGCGAUGCACUCGCACGUCCCGGGGUCGUCUGGUUUGGCGAGGGCAUACAGCGCACGUAUACGAUCGAUUCGGUGGUUGAGAAGGCAGACCUCGCGCUUGUGGUUGGAACGUCCUCGACGGUAUACCCCGCUUCGGGCUACCAAUCCAUAGUUGCGGAAUCAGGCGGAAACGUGGCUGUUUUCAACAUCGACGAUGACACGAUCUCUUCCGGCCGACACCUGUCCUUCAUAGGCAAAUGUGAAGAUAUCUUGCCCACCGCGUUGUUCGGCGCCGAUGUCCCCGAGCACCCAAAGGCUGUCAAAGGCGAUGAAUCAUGUACCUAAUCCCGGCGUGUCUCUCGGGCAUGCGGUGCCAAUCAACCAUGUGUAUGCAAACGGCGAAUCUUUCAAAGUGCAAUGCAGACAGAAGCACAGCCCGUAUACCCAUGAGAAUCUGAUGCAGAUUACCCUUGCACAAGAAGGCGUCUUGCCUUUUCAGCUCUCGAGGGUCCUAGAUAGACCCGUAGUACUCGGCUCUUGCCAUCUACAGUCGAGAGAACCCGAAUUUGUUUGGCGUGUGCACUGGUGAGCGGGUUUGAAAUAAGUAACAGUAGAGCGCUCCGUGGAACCUUAAACAGC